CUAUGUGAUGAUCAACUACAACACAAGAUCUUUGGUUGUCACAAACACAAUGGUGGCCUUGUUACGGGCGGAUCUCCCGGCUGUCUUAUUUAUUGUUUCUUUAUUAAAUUUGUUAAUUUCACUUAACCUGGUCUGUUUUCCCCAGUGGAGACGGUUAAUGGUUUUAAGCUAAUCGAACCUGUCCCUCCGCUAAUGUAGUGCGUUUAAAGGUACCACUCCACACUGAAACUGCUUGCACAGACGUUAAAUGUCUCCUGUUUCCGUUUCAGUAUUUUCUUUCCCCCUAAUAUGUGGUCCUCCACUUAGCAGGAGUAAAUCCUUACAGGAUUUCAUUGGACCGAACCAUUGAAAAGAACAGGAGGUAAGAUAAGCUAUCAGGCGUCCAUAAUAAAGCGAAAUCGAAACCGACAUUUUAUUCGUUAAAACAUCGUAAAUUGUCUGUUCGUCGAUAUAAUCGUGUGUCCUUCGCAGUUGCACUCCACCUCAGAGGCGAAAUUUAUUGUUGUUAAAGCUGCAAUGAUCAUCACCUGUAGCAAAGUUAACUCGUAUGUCAGCAAAAUUAAUGUUAAAGAUCAUCACAAGCAACUUCCUCUCAUGGGUUUCAAAAUAAAAUCACGAAUUAUUAAAUCUGUAAUGAUUAGCAACUCUAACACACGUACGACUGAUUAUAAGAAAAACAAGAUUAAAAAUUUCCCAAAAACCGAAUUAUAAGUUUGUAUCAGUCUAUAAUAAAUGCCCAAUGAAAUAAUGUUUAGUAUGGGCAAAACUGUUAGGAACCCAAUUGAAUUUUUGGUUUAACUCUUAACUCUGAUAAGCUAAAAUUGUCCAAAGAGUUCGACCGUACUGAUGUAUCAGUAAGGCUUCAGUUAUUACCAAGACUGAAAUACUAACUUGGCAAAGUAAGGCCCCAGAUACUUUCACAUAAAUAAACAUUUAGCUCUCCCAUGUUAAACAAAAUAUUAGCUUCUUUAAGCAAUAUUGGUAUCGUUAAAUGUGAGUUUGUUCCUUUACAGGUUUAUUAACAGGUCAUGGUUAUAACAUAUAUGGGUAAUUUACGGGUAGCAACCAUUUUUAUUUCCAGCAAUCCUAAAUAGUAAUGAAAAAAGUUAGCUGUCUGAUUUUAUUUUGAAACCUGUAUUGCUCAACAUCCCGGUUCGUCCCCGUUUAGCUUGCCACUGUCCGUUUAUCCCAUCCAUGAUCUGUGGCUCGGGAUCCAUUGAGCUGCCUGGCCCGGGCCAACACGAAGCAAGAACGGGGAAUCGGUUUAGCCUUCCAUCCCUGGCAGGCACCUUGAAAACGAUCGUUGCCGUUUUCCAGAACCCCUUGAGCAGCGCUAAUCGAGCGUUAAGUGUAUUUAGCUGUGUCCUCUAGCUGCGGCCAUCGCUUUGAAUGGGGUCCGACAGACAAACGGGCGCCAGUCUGGUCGCGAAGUGAGGAGUACUGCAGCCUUGCGUCAGAGCCAGCUAAAGCUAAACCGUGGUAGAACAAGUCAGCAUUAAGGACCGGUACCAGCCACGUUACCUCUGUAGCUAGCAAGGCAGCAGACAGGUUAUUUUUGGCACGGUUGCUGGCGUGCACAUGCUCUGUUUUCAGUCGUGUGCGUUAGCCCAACAUCUGCGGGGAAAGCUGUCACUGUCGGCGUACGCAAAAAGAAACAACGUUACGGCUAAUCGUGACUCGGUUCCACUCAGUAACGCUAGCCGUCUGGAACGACUUUGAGCCACACGUUUUCUAGCAUAGGAAGAAAGCUCGGAAAUUUCGGUUAAUUGCUCGUAACAUAUUGAAUUAAAAGAGGGGGCCUCAUAGCUGACAUAUGAGGCCCAGCUGAGAAGAUGGACCUGAAUUUUUAUUCGGAUUUAACGGACGGUACCGGGCAGCACGACGGUGAUCCAGAGUUCUUGGAUCCGCAGUCUUUCAAUGGAUUUGACUCUGACAACAAGUUCCCUGGAGGCAGUGACAACUACCUGACAAUCUCGGGGUCCGGCCAUCCCUUCCUCUCCUCCUCAGAGACCUUCCACACCCCCAGCCUCGGCGAUGAGGAGUUCGAGAUACCUCCCAUCUCUUUAGAUCCAGACUCGGCCCUCACCGUGUCCGAUGUGGUGUCCCAUUUCGGGGAGCUGCAGGACACCGGCCCCUCCGACAGCGUGGUGGUACCCGGGAACGCCGUGGUCGAAGGGGACGACCCCUCGUUCGCCUCCACUUUUGUCAAUGCCGGAUCCCAGGGACUGGAGCACCUGAGUCUAGGAGUCAUCAACCAAUCAGGAGGAAAUGCUUUGCUGGGGUCGUCACUGGGAAUGGAUCUCAGUCAACCCAUCGGCUCCCAGUUCAGCAGCUCGUCCCCGGUGACCAUUGACGUCCCGCUGGGUGACAUGAGCCAGGGCCUGCUGGGGUCCAACCAACUGACCACUAUCGACCAGUCAGAGCUCAGCGCGCAACUGGGGCUCGGCCUGGGAGGAGGGAACAUAUUGCAACGCCCCCAGUCGCCUGAACACCCUCUGUCGGCCACGGCGUCGCCCACCAGCUCACUCCAGGAUGAUGACAUGGAUGACUUCAGAAGGAGCGUCCUGGUUGAAUCUCCGGUUUCCCUGGCCGUCUCUCCCGGCGUCAUCUCCCUUGAUCCCUCCCUGUCCGAGUCCCCGCUAUCUGCCCCCGCCUCCAGCGUCUCUCCGGCUGUUGGACGGAGAGGAGGAGCCGGAGGAGGGAAGAAAGGGAAGAAGAAGAAAGACCCCAACGAGCCUCAGAAACCCGUGUCAGCCUACGCUUUGUUCUUCAGGGACACGCAGGCAGCUAUCAAGGGACAAAAUCCCAACGCAACAUUUGGAGAAGUUUCAAAGAUAGUGGCUUCCAUGUGGGACAGCCUGGGGGAGGAGCAGAAACAGGUUUACAAGAGGAAAAACGAAGCAGCAAAGAAGGAUUAUUUGAAGGCGUUGGCGGAGUACAGGGACGGCCAGAAUUCUCAGGCCCCUAUUGAAGUUAUGGAUACCACCCCGUCGCCCCCACCUCCAGCUGCAGCUCCUGUGGUCACAGCCACACCUGCCCCCUCCAUGGCCUCUCGUUCCACCAGGUCGCAGCAUUACAACCCCGAGGAGAACACCAUCACCAACAUCUGCACCUCCAACAUCAUCCUGGACCUCCCCCAGGUCACCACACGCUCCCGCACCGGCGCUAUCAAACCCCAACCUCUGCCUGUCGCCGCCCCUCCGAACCCCCCCACCGUCACCAAGAUCAUCAUCAAGCAGACGCCAAUGCCCUCUGGUGGCGUAUCCGUCACGGCGACAGCAGCCUCCUCGCCGCGCCAACCGCCGCCGCUGCAGCAGAUGCAGAGCACUCCUCCUCCGCCUCGGCUGCAGCAGAUGGUGCACGCCCAGGCUCCUCCACCUCUGCAGGCCAAACCGCGAGGCACAGCCACUGCUCCGCCUCCGCUGCAGAUCAAGGUUGUCCCGUCGUCACGGCAGUCGGAUUCAGGCACGCCGAUCAUCGUGACGUCGGGCGGUGAAACGCCCACGUCGAUGUCCUCCUCCUCCAAUCUGACGGUGGAGGUGGGACAGUCAGGUGACAUGGUGACAGGAGGAGAGGAAGUGGCGGAAGCAGAAGAGGGGAUGGAGGUGGAGGUGAACGUUGCCCCUGUCCCGAGCGUGUCUCCCGCCGCCAGCCGCAACAUUUGCGUGCGUGCCGGCUGCACCAACCCGGCUGUGGAGAGCAAAGACUGGGACAAGGAGUACUGCAGCAAUGAGUGUGUCGCCACACACUGCAGAGACGUGUUCAUGGCCUGGUGUGCCAUCCGAGGGCAGAACUCCACCACGGUCACAUAGGGGACGGGGACUCGCCUGACGGAGGAGCGCUACGCAGAGAGAAAGGGGCAUAGAAUAACACGUGAAUGAACAGAGGAACGAAUGAGUGAUAGGCUCAGGUAUUGGCACAUAAUGACUUGUUUCAUCAUGUCACCUCGACUGCAAGGGCAAAGACGAGACGGUCGCGGGAAAGCAUUUGAGUCGCUGAAGUGUACUUUGCUGUGAUCAGCACGUUGGCUCUCCAGCAGCCAGAGCGACGGCUCGCGAUAUGGAAGAAAACACAGAAGAACAAGCUGAAGACUUGUGCUCCCACAUUUUCAUAUUCAUCAUCUAUUUUGAAUCUCAAUUAUGGAGUCUAUAAAAAGAAGAACAUUUUAUAUGGAAUAUUAUGGUGUUUUAAUUGUUUUGAAACAGAAAAAAAAAAGUGCAGGAAGGAAAUGGUGAUCUUGCACGUGAGUUCAGUUCAUUUCGUAAAUUCCAUUUCAUAUGUUUAUGCGCUUCCCUUUACUGUUACAGUGAGGACUGACCGAUGUGAAUGAAAUCUGAGAAGUGAUUUUUGUUUGUAAUAUUUCUUCUGCAAAGUGCAGGUGCUUUGGCGCGAGGGGCCGGUGGCUACUUUGGAAAUGUAAUGUACGAAUGAGGAACAUCCGGGCAAAGCACAAACAGUCUUAAAGCCAGUUUGAAGUCAUAAAGGAGGCAAAAAUGUUUAUAAGAAGCCAUUUUGAGGCAGAAAAGCUAGAUGCUGCUCAUGGCGGAAUAUUUCAAUCGUGCAAAGGACUUUGGGUGAACAUUCAGGUGCAAUCAGGUGCUAAAAUUCAGGAAAGAAAUAGCUUGUGUUCUCUGUUCUUCUCUCCUGCUGAAACGCCCCGCAACAUAAGAGCUUUUUAACAUAUAUGGUACAUAUUUUGUUUUACGAGAAACAUUUGUGGUGAAAUUUGAUGUGUGAGGGGUAACAAAACAAUUGGAAUGAGAUAAACACACCAGCUCUGAUAACACUACUGUAAAGAGAAAGGGAAUACAGUGUAAAAGCUUUACUUUUUGACAUAAGUGUCCAAUUUCCUUUCAGGUCUGUUGAAUAAUCAAGGAAGGAAUGUUUUGCUUCCAAAAGAAUCUGUUCCCACUGAGAUGAAAUGAUGAGGAAAUUAUCAGUCUGGUUUAUUGUAGAUAUCCUGGAAAUGUUUUUAAUGGUGAAAUAAAAAAAUAUUUUAUGUUUUAAUAUA